GAGAUCAGUCGAUUGGCUGGAAACGCCUGCUUUGAAGCCCUUAAAUACAAACUGCAUUCAGAUUGACAACAGGUUUAAGAUUUGAGGACCUUUCCAAAUCAGGUCAGCUCUUGGUCAAACUGAUCACUCAAACCUGCUGGAGAAGCAAUGGGUUCUAAGAACAGCAAAGGAGUAUGCAAGAACUGCAAGAGGAGCUACAAUUAUAAACAACAAAAGCGUAAUCGUCAAAAUCGUACACUUGCCAAUGUUUAUAAAAUGAGUACAGAAAUGGGUGGUUUUCAACCCGGUGAUAUUACCUUCACUUAUGACGGCUGUGAUGGUUCUGGAACCGUUGAUCCUACGGGAGGAAUCUGCUAUGUGGACUAUGGAUAUGGUCUGGGAGGCUGUGUAGAUGUUACUGGUCUGGGAGGCUAUAAUUAUUUGGGAGGCAUGGAUUAUACUGGAGGCCUAAAUGGUGUAGGAGGCUGUACAGACUUCAGCGGUCUGGGGGGCUUUGAUUUCUCUGGAGGCUGCGGUGAUUUUGGAGGCUUCGGUGAUAUGGGAGGCUUUGAUUUCUCUGGAGGCUGUGGUGAUUUCGGUGGCUUCGGUGACAUGGGAGGCUUUGACUUUGGUUUUUGAAUUAGUUCAGGCAGUGCAUAAUCUGUAUGGAGUAAAUGGAUUUGGAGAUGCUGCAGUGCUCAGGACGGCUUUCAGUGAAGAACAUCAUCCAACACAAAGCCAACAGCACUGCAAUCAACAAUAACCAUCAGGACAUCUUUAGUGCCAUUUUGGAUAUUAAACAUCAUCAGGACAAUGUUAUCUGUGCAAACAAAUACAGUUCCAGCCAAAAGACCAACAUCAACUGAAUAACAAUUUCAUUAAAAGAGUAAAUACUUUAACUGGUGUCUGAUUAUAAAUAUAGAUUGUGUGUGAGAGAACUAAUCUAAAGUAAUAAUAAUAAUAAUAAUAACAAUAAUAAUAACAAUAAUAAUAAUAAUAAUAAUAGUAAUAAUACACUGAGGUAUGUUGGUAAGGGUUUUUUUUUUUUGUUUUUGUUUUUGUUUUUUUGUAAGGUAACCUGAAAACACGUCUGACAACAUUUUUGAGCCUCUUUCUGAAGGUUUGAUGAUGUGCCACGAGACACGUCUUGUGCUUUGUCUUUGACUCAGAUUCUCACUUUAAGAGAUUUUGAAGUCACUGUGUUGAAAACUAAUGACAGAUUGUAUAGAUUCAGUCACAUUAGACUUUGCACUCUAUUCACCUCCACCCAUGUGAUUUCUGGGCAAAGAAAACAAACUCAAAGCUGCCGGAAAAGUGAAGUGGUUUAACAAAGAUGGAAAUUUUUCUCAUUCUUUUUUUAAAUUAUGUUCUAACAAGUUAUGUUUAUGAUGCAGUAGGGAUUGUUGAAAUGUUCUGUGCAUCUUCUAAAAGCCAAAGAUGGAGUAAACAGAGAUGAGUGUAUGAUAUUACCAUUAUUGUCUUAUGAUUUUAAUUUGUGGGGUGAUUAAAAAUGUGGAAUUUGUAGUACUA